AUGGACCACAAAAUGCGAACUGAAAAACAAGAGAGAUCAAAUACAGGACAUCGCAGAUGGCUAUUCAACAGCGCUUUCGGAUUUAAGACCAUAAAGAAGGAAAAACAUAAUGACUUUGCUGGUUUAGACGCAGACAAGCUCAAGCUUUGGAAAGUAGAAAUUCCUGGCGAUCGCGACGAUCUCUUAAGCAGUCUCUCACUCCAGGACAGUGUCGAGCUGUUAGCGAUAAAUGAAAUUGGAGACUACUGGACCUCGAAGCCACCCAAGAAGCAUAUUCACGUCUUAGUCGAACCGCCAGAGACCGCCACCACGAGCCGUGAACAGAAAUUACUUGAGAAAGUCGCCUCGUUGAAGGAGAAACUUAGCAAGUCCACACAUGACUUCGACGUCGUCGUUAAACCGAAACAGAAGGCAAAUAAGUGGACUGUAAAUAUCGAGCAAGCAGGUCUCAAAGAUCUCAAAGAUUAUAUACGUGAAUUGUACAAACCGCCAGCGCUUGAGAACGAUGGAGCGGUACUAAACUUUAUGAGUGAUGGGGAUAGAUAUUUACCUAGGAACGAUGUCUCAUUCCGUGAGAUGUUGCAGUCACUAGUUUCAAAAACAAAACUUAAAUUUACCGUAUUCAUCGAGACGCCAUCAAAACCUUUCUCAGAUUGGUCUUUCCCCAAAGUGUGCCAGCUAUAUGGUAUUAGCAGUGACCCAAAUCCCGACAUUGACGCCAAUGAGGCAACGAAGACUAUUUAUUCUUACUGCUAUCUGGCUUCCGGAGUCUCGUUUUACAAAGAUAAUUUCAAACUUAUACCGGAAAAACUUAUUGAGGGUCGAAAUGGGCAAGGAAAUCUUGACUAUGCAAUAGAAUGUCGUUCAACCGGUAGGAUCCUUGGUAUAAUUGAAGUUAAAAGGGAAGACUUUAUGAAGGGAUUCGCUCAGGCGUCUGUACAGAUGGAGUCAACUCUGUCACGUAAACGUAAAGCCGAAGAAAUCGAUAAUGGGCAGGACGUGGAUAGG